GGAGGGAGCACGGGACUGACGCCACAGCCCGAGGCCUAACCGAGCGGAGAAGCCCUCGCCAUGGCGGAGACGAAGGAGACCCAUGAGGAGCAUGACUUGGCAACUGAUAACCUAGACGAUUCUAACCAUGACCCCCAGUUUGAGCCCAUAGUUUCGCUUCCUGAGCAAGAGAUCAAAACUCUUGAAGAAGAUGAGGAAGAACUCUUCAAGAUGCGGGCAAAACUCUUCCGAUUUGCAUCAGAAAAUGAUCUUCCUGAAUGGAAAGAGCGUGGCACUGGUGAUGUCAAGCUUCUGAAGCACAAAGAGAAGGGGACCAUUCGUCUCUUGAUGAGGAGAGAUAAAACCUUAAAAAUAUGUGCAAAUCAUUACAUUACCCCUUUAAUGGAGCUGAAGCCUAAUGCCGGUAGUGACAGAGCAUGGGUGUGGAAUACACAUGCUGAUUUUGCAGAUGAGAGCCCUAAACCAGAACUUUUGGCAAUCCGGUUUUUAAAUGCAGAAACAUACUCAUAUUUUGCUUCCUUGGAACAGAUGCACAGAAAUUCAAGGCAAAAUUUGAAGAAUGUAGGAAUGAGGUUGAUAAGAAGGGAAAGAAAGCAGGAGCAGAUAAAAAUGAUAGUGCUGAUAAAGUUGCUGAGAAAUUAGAAGAACUGUCUGUAAAGGAAGAAAGCAAAGAAUCUGAGAAGAAAGAAGUUGAGAAGAAAACUGAAGAAAAGCAAUAAAUCAGCUUGGGCCUUGUAUUAUUAUUAUUAUUUCUUUUUUAAUUUUUACAAGGGACUUUAUAAAGAACUGUAUUCCAGCAUUCAAUUUUUUUCUAAGCUUUUGCCCUUUUUGAAGAGAUCUUCAGAAAAAAUCCAUUCCCCAGUCAUGAAAAUGUACUGUACUAAACUUUCUUUUCCAUAGUGGAAACACUUAUUUAUAGUCAUCUAAGAGAGAAUAAAGCUUUGAAAAUUGUA